AUGCCACGCCUUGGGCACAAGAAAUCACGCCUGGGCUGUCGACAGUGCAAGGCUCGCCACGUGAAGUGUGACGAGCUCAAGCCGUGCUCAAACUGUGCCCGUCAUGGCGUCCCGUGUAGCCUUGUUACCUGGGAUCCCAACACACCCCAAGCCUCCUCCCUCGCGGCAGGUUCCGCUGCAACUACUUCCCGACGCACCAACCAGUCGUCACCGUCUGAGCGACCCAUAGCCGUACGAUCCGACCCGCACGUCGACGCCAUGCCCUUGGAUAUCGCGUCGUCGGCGUCUGCAACGCCUCCCUCCCGCAUAGACUCUCACCCCAGCCAGCCCUCAGCCAUAUCCGAAGGCUCCUCGCCAGAGUCACAGGCAGACCAGUAUCCGUUUCUAUCAAGAUUCAUACACCGCAAUGAAAUCCCCCAAGCAGACCUUUGGCUGCGUGAUCUGGAGCUCCUGCAUUUUUGGACCACCGAAGCCCACCAAGAGCUCACACAUCGAAGCGAUAUUUGCUACAUGUGGCGAGUCGAAGCUCCAAAGUAUGCAAUCUCACACCCCUACUUGAUGCACGAAAUGCUGGCUUUCGCUGCAUUCUCCAAAGCCGACAAAGAGCAGCAGCAAGAACUACGCCAAGAGUAUUACACUUUUGGAGUACACCACCAGGACUGUGCCAUAAGGGGACUGCGAAAAAACAUCGCCACCACAACCCCUCAAGAAGCUGCAACUAUCGUAGCCACAUCUACCUUACUCACCCUAAGUGUAUUUGCCUCGUUAGGCUUCGAGGCUGAGCACAAUAUGAACGAUACACCACCGUGUGCUAUUGAAGGUCUCCUCAACUGCUUUUACCUCAUGCGGGGUAUGGGUAAUAUCCUGGCACUUGCACAAGCCGCCAUUGUUGACUCAUUUCUUGCUCCCUUGGUCAGAGACCCAUCUGAGGUGACCCCUUCGCAACCACUCCUGAUGGAGCUAUUACACCAAACCCCUCCACUAGCCGGUUUCAUCCGGGACAAACAUGAUCUCCCUGAGAGUGAAAGGGCGAUUUACUUGGCCACAGUGGCACACUUCGAUCCUGCUUUAAGUAUCUCGCUACCUCCCAAGGUUGACAACCGAGAGCUACGUUUCUUGUUCUCCUGGCCAUUGCAUAGCCAUGUGGAUUUCACAAACCUUUUGCAGCAACGACGGCCAGGUGCGCUAGUCAUUCUCAUGCACUAUGCCACUGUUCUUCUAGCUGCGGAACCACGAUACUGGUUCAUGAAAAAUUGGGGCCAGCGAGUACUAAAGGCAUGCCACGAAUCCAUUGAUCACAGCUGGCUUCCUGCCAUCCAAUGGCCACUAUCGUUUCUCAACUCGAACUCGACAUUCGAUCUCUUCACAAACCUGAUGCGGCGUCAAAAUAAUACUGCAACAACAAUAGAAGGGGUACUUUAUCCUCAGCGACGCGCACCUGACGUGGCUUAUCGACAAACACACCCUGGACAAUCUGUACCCACUGAGAUGCCGGACCAUUCAUCUUCUGGACACAAGUUCAUGGUAACUUUAGCGGAGCAAGACAAAGCAUCCAAGGUACAUAUGGGUAGUAGUACUGCAGACUCCGAGGAUUGA